GCUUUGGGUGACUCGGGCGCACCGCGAAGGGACGACCCUCCGGCCGGGUUUUGGGUGGGGUGGGGGGGCUCCUUCGAGGAAGUCUGCGUGCGGUAGGGUCUGGAGCUUUCCGCGAGCCCGCCCGGGAAAGAUACGGGAACUGGAGGAGGUUCCCGACCCACUACCUUCCCGGCUGAUUUCCUGCGCGGAUCGCCGCGGCUCGCGGCCAUCGACCUGCGCGGUUCCGUCUAAGAAAGGUUAGUUUGCGGAUCGCUGCUAGUUAGAUCAAUAGAGCGCGCCAGCAGAAAGAAAAGAUCCGAAAUAGGGAAGGUAUGUCGCUUUUUAAAGAUUUUUUUAAAAAAUGCAGCCACAUUUGUGUCUUUAUUAAAACACACAGACACAAUUUAAUGUAUGUAUAAAAACACAAGUACUUCUGCCUUGAUUGCAAAGGAGCUGUUUCUGGUGAUGAUGGAAAUAUUCUCUUGUUUAGGGAUGGUGAUAACCCAUAAACUGAGUUGUCAAAACUAGUAGAAACUCUGCACUGAAGCUCUGUGCAUUGUAUCGUGUAUAAACUUUACGUCCCAUAGGCAUAGAAAUUACUACGUGCCAUUGCGUAAUUGCAUAUCUGAAUGCCGUUGAACGCAGCUGUACUUGAGUAUUUUUAGCAACUAAGCGCAAUUCUGUCGGGUUAUUUAUCUUUGCAAGCUCCGCGAAGACGGGAAAGGGAGGCAAAACGCCGGCUGACAUCACGGGGGGGCGGGUCGAAAGCCCUAAGAAAAGCCUGAGGACCGGAGCAGCGGCGCUGCUCUACACAGCCUCGCCAUGAACAGCCACAACCGCUCCGAGCUCCACGUCCUCUGCAGCUCUGGCCAGCUGCUCCUGCAGCCCCUCUGGGACCGCCUGAGGGCCUGGGGCGCUCUCAUUCAGUCGCCCUUCUUUCCUGUCUUCUUCUCCAUCACCACCUACGUGGGCUUCUGCCUGCCCUUCGUGGUGCUGGACGUGCUGUGCCCCUGGGUGCCCACGCUGCGGCGCUACAAGAUCCACCCGGACUUCUCGCCGUCCGCGCGGCAGCUGCUGCCCUGCCUGGGGCAGACGCUUUACCAGCACGUGGUGUUCGUGUUCCCCAUGACGCUGCUGCACUGGGCUGUGAGCCCGGCCCUCCUGCCCGCCGAAGCCCCCGAACUGUUCCAGCUGGUGAGCCACGUGGUGCUCUGCCUGCUGCUCUUUGACACCGAGUUCUUCGUGUGGCAUCUGUUGCAUCACAAGGUGCCCUGGCUGUACCGGACCUUCCACAAGAUGCACCACCAGAAUUCGUCCCCGUUCGCGCUGGCCACGCAGUACAUGAGCGUCGGGGAGCUCUUUUCCUUGGGUUUCUUUGACAUGAUGAACGUCUUGCUGCUCCAGUGCCACCCUCUCACCGCCCUGGCUUUCCACGUGGUCAACAUCUGGCUGUCGGUGGAGGACCACUCCGGCUACGACUUCCCCUGGUCCACGCACAGACUAGUACCUUUCGGGUGGUUUGGGGGCGUGGCACACCACGACCUGCAUCACUCCCAGUUUAACUGCAACUUCGCGCCUUACUUCACACACUGGGACAAAAUACUGGGAACUCUGAGGUCUGCUCACACCAAGUAACGUGCACGCAUCGCUCCCGGCAUAGUUCGUGCUGCGGUGAGGCGUGGGUGCACCUCAGACCUGGGACAUUUCACACUUGAAUCGGGAGAGACACACUUGAGGUGGACUUGAGGUGGUUUUAUUUUGUCGUUUCUUUUUCCCGUGGGUAACUUAUUAUCUGCUAGAAACUUACAGAGAAAAUCUGAUGUGUUUUUCAAAAUCUAAUAAGGUAAUUUAUUGUAAUGUUUGUAUAUCAGCAGUUGUAUUCUUGAUGUGGAAUUCUAACUCACUUCAAUAGCCUUGAUUUCUGGGUAUAAAGUAUCCAAAAUCACUGGCAUAUGUAAAUAAUCUCUUAAAAGAUUUGUUUGUAGAACAAGGAAUUUUACUAUGUUUGAAGGUGUCCUAGAACUAGGCUAAAAGAAUAUAUUUUUAUGGAGCAUCUGAUCUCUGUAAAAAUGAAGCAUGGUCCUGCUGGACAGUGACUCAGAUUAUUGUACUUAAAAAAAAUAUUUUUGUAGAGUUGUAUAUUUAUAUUGAAAUAAAUGUUAUUCGUGCUUGAAAAAGAGUAAAGCACCUAAACUCAA